CUACACAUCUUUUGUUGGGGCCGUUAAUUUUGGCUUCGCGAUACCCGCAUCACGUGGUGUCCAAACAGCCGCAUCAGCUGCUGUCAAAAUCUUCUCGAUAAUGGAUGAGAAACCAACAAUUGACAGUAAUUCCGAUAAAGGGACACAACCCAGUAGUUUUGAAGGAACAAUUCAGUUUAUCGACAUUGAUUUUUCUUAUCCUUCAAGAUCAGAUGUAAAGGUCCUGUCCAGCCUGAACCUGCACAUCGCCAAGGGUCAGACGGUCGCAAUAGUUGGUGCCAGUGGUAGCGGCAAGUCCACCAUUGUCCAGCUGUUGUUGAGGUUUUACACGGCUCUUCGAGGUCAGAUAUUAAUAGACGGCCAUGACAUUGAGAGCUUAAACCUCCGAUGGUUACGUCAGCACAUUGGUCUAGUCAGCCAAGAACCGGUACUCUUUGCUACGACAAUCGCCGAAAAUAUCCGGUACGGUCGUAAGGAUGCAAGCAUGGAAGACAUCAUUCAAGCAAGCAAAAUGGCCAACGCCUAUGACUUUAUUAUGAAGCUACCCAAUCAAUUCGAGACGUAUGUAGGCGAACAUGGCGCCCAACUAAGUGGAGGACAGAAACAGAGAAUCGCCAUCGCCCGAGCUCUGGUCAAGGACCCAAAAAUUCUUUUGCUGGACGAGGCGACCUCAGCACUGGACACUGAGAGUGAGGCUAUCGUACAAGAUGCUCUAGAUAAGGCAAGACAAGGACGGACGACUCUGAUCAUUGCCCAUCGCUUGUCCACCAUACAAAACGCAGACAUGAUAGUCACGAUAUCCAAAGGUCACGUGGAAGAGAUGGGUACUCACGAUGAACUUCUCGCCAGGGGCGGAGCCUAUUCCGAUCUUGUCCAUUCACAGCGAGUAGACAGUACACCUGAGACAUCACAAUCCCCAAAGAAAAACUCGAUGCUCCGUAUCCUCAAGAUGAGCCUGAAGGACUGGCCGUACUUUUGUGCCGGGUCUACGGGAAGUUUUAUCAGUGGCGCCGUCGUACCAUCGUUUGGCUUUGUCUUCGGGGAUGUCGUCAAGUUUUUGUCUUCCAGUGAUGAGAGAGUCCAAGAAGAAAUGAUAAACAAAUACAGCUUGAUCACUUUUGGCAUUGGUUGUGUUUACACGCUGGCUACAUUUGUGACGAAAAUCUCAUGGUUCGAUGAGCCCAGAAAUUCCGUCGGAGUCCUAACGACCAAGUUGGCGUCAGAAGCGACUCAUGUGCAAGAGGUUUUGACCAACUCCAUCGCUAUGAUGAUCCAAUGUGCCUCAGCGGUCGUGCUGUCUCUGUGUUUCUCCGCCUUCUACAGCUACCCCAUGACCCUCAUGUUCCUGGCCAUCUAUCCUGUCAUCAUGUUCAUAGGUAGAACUCACGUUUGGCUAUCCAAGAAGUUCCACACAGAGACCAGCAAAGCUUUAGAGUCGGCCACGGCGAAGCUGGCAUUGCAGAGUAUGGUCAACAUCCGUGAGGUGGCAGCGCUGACCAUGGAAGAAGAGUUCCACAAGAAAUACGUCCAAACUUUAGAGAGGUCACCCCAUGGCUUGCACAGGUAUCUGGUGCUGACCAGCAUCUGCUUUGGCAUCUACCGUUUCAUCCCUUAUUUCGUCUACUGCCUUGGGUACGCUCUCGGUGGUUAUUUAAUAGAGGAAGGGACUUUGGAAUUUGCUGAUUUCACAAGAGUGUUCGAGUGCCUGUUGGUUGGUAGUUUGAUCCUGUCUAGGAUAAUGAUGGAUGCCGGGGACCUGUCUGCUGCAGGAGCCGCGUCCAACAUUAUUUUUGCCCAGGUGGACGAGGCACCAUCUGAUGAAGAGGCUGCGGGAGGCUCAGUGACUUUAGACAAGGAGAAGUUCUCCGGAUCAGUAAAAUUUUCCGGAGUCCACUUCCGGUACCCCAUGCGAUCUUCAACGCCUGUUCUUAACGGCCUUGACCUUAAAGUGAAGUCAGGUGAAACCCUGGCUCUGGUUGGGGAGAGUGGGUGUGGCAAGAGCACCACCAUCCAACUCCUGGAGAAAUUCUACGCCAUAGAAUCUGGUGCUGUGUUUUUGGAUAACCAUAAUAUUGAAGAACUGAGCACAAAAUGGCUGCGUAUGCAAAUCGGCCUGGUGUCACAAGAACCAGUCCUGUUCGACAGAAGUCUGGCUGAGAACAUCGCUUACGGGGACAACACGAGGGAGGUGGGCAUGGAGGAGAUCAUAGAGGCAGCUCGGACAGCUAACAUACACACGUUUAUACAGUCUCUGCCCUCGGGCUACGAGACGAAAGUUGGCAACAAGGGAACCCAGCUCAGUGGUGGUCAGAAACAGAGAGUGGCCAUCGCUAGAGCCCUAAUCCGUAACCCAAAGAUCUUACUGCUGGACGAGGCGACGUCAGCGCUAGAUGCCGAGAGUGAAAAGGUUGUGUUAGAGGCUCUGGAUAAAGCCAGACAGGGUCGCACGUGCAUCACAAUCGCGCACAGGCUGAGCACGAUAAAAAACGUCGACAUGAUAGCUGUGCUGAAGAGAGGUGUGGUGGCAGAAACAGGGACACACCGCCAGCUCAAGUCACAGAGGGGAGAGUACUACAACAUGCUGACAGCACAAGCAGGGAACAUCACGUCUUAGGGGAGAGUACUACAACAUGCUGACAGCACAAGCAGGGAACAUCACGUCUUAGGGGAGAGUACUACAACAUGCUGACAGCACAAGCAGGGAACAUCACGUC